AUGAGAUCUAUUUCAACACUGAAGCUCCCCUUGAGAGAUCUGUCCGAAUUCGAUGGCUCGAAGCCGGGGACGGGUCGACGGGACUCCUUGCAAAGUCAAGUCCGACGAGCCCUUGAAGAAUUCGGUUGCUUCGAAGCUUUGUAUGAUAAGAUGACCUCGAAGCUUCACAAUGAAGUGUUUCAAGAAUUGGAGAAAUUGCUCGAGCUUCCGACCGAUGUGAAGCGCCGGUUCGACGUCCCAGAUAAGCCAUAUUUCGGCUACAUUGCAAAUCUUCCUCGCCACGAGGCGUUUGGAGUGGACUAUACCCCCAACUCAGGCUCGAUCGAAAAUUUAACGGAUCUCAUGUGGCUGGAAGGAAACACAAGAUUUUGUGAGACAAUGAAUACGUAUGUUACGAGGGUUUUGGAGUUGGAUUCACUGGUGAGGAAGCUGGUUUUGGGAAGCUUGGGCGUAGACAAGUACUUGGAAUCGCUAGCCAAGUCGGUCAAAUACAAUUUCCGUCUCAUGAGAUAUCCAGCUCCUGGGACUGAGGAGUCCAAGAAGCCCGGGACUAUGUGCCAUCGUGACGCGAACUUCGUGACCAUACUUCAUCAAAAUCAUGUGAAUGGAUUGGAAGUGCAAACAAAGGACGGACAUUGGAUCGAGGUCGCCCCUUCCCCAGCUUCCUCUUUCAUUGUCCUCACUGGGGAGUCAUUCUACGGAUGGAGCAACGGGAGAUUACACAGCCCUUGUCACCGUGUAAUGAUGAGCGGGCACGAUCCAAGAUAUUCAAUAGGAUUGUUCUCUACCGACCAAGGAACGGUUCAGUGUCCUGAAGAGCUUGUAGACGAGCAACACCCUUUGCUUUUUAAGCCCUUUGAUGCAACCGGUCUCUCCCGCAUCGACAAGACAAAAGAGGGCCAAAAUGGAGCUUCGGCAAUGGAUACUUUUUACAGAAUUUGA